CCUCGUGUGACUGAGAAUGCCCGUGUUGAACUGACAGAGACGAUACGGGCUUAGCAGACAUGGAGGCCCGAUUAAUGACCGAGGCCCAUUACAACACGUCUCGGCUCAGCUAACGUUGUCUUGGAGAAGAGUCCAUUCGUGUUUGGAGAUAUCAAGGAUACCAAUUGCUCAGUGGGGCAUAUACUGUGGCGACCAUGUUGAUACCCACGAAGGGGGGAUUUCGAUCCAGAUAAUGUGAAUACAGUUUUUGGACUCCUACGGAGCUUGAAGGACGGAGAAAGAGGGCUGGGCAGCCAGGAAGGGAGAAAAGACACAGAGCAAGGAUUGCUUUUUAGCUUCCCCAAUAUCCCCAUCUCCCUUCACCCCUAUCCCGUCUCUUCCUGGACCGCUGCCUUUUCCUAGAAGCUGUACCUGCUGUCCAAAACAUCCCUCCCUGGUUAGUCACCCCUCACCCCCUAAAUCUCUGAUGGAUCUGAGGACUCAGGGCGGGCCUGCUACUCCACCCCCCCUCCCAAUCACUGCUCCCCAAGGGGAGCGAGAGAAGGAAGGAGGGGGUGGGAAGAAAGACGAGGAGGAGAAGGAGAAAGAGGGGUCGCAGAAAGACUCUUCUUCAGCUGCAGGUGGAGAGGGCUCCGGUGACCAGCAGCAGUCACCCCAGUUUUCUGUCAAAGAGACUAGCCUCCAUGAGGGCAACGUCAAACUCAAGAUUGGCCUGCAGGCCAAACGCAUGAAGAAGCCACCCAAGAUCCUGGAGAACUACGUGUGUCGGCCGGCUUUCAGGGCCACUGUGAGACCCAGCGGGCGCGGCGGUGGCCGCGGGAGCCGCGGAGGAGUCGGAGCAGGCGACGGGGUCAACCAGACCCAGAGCCCAACACAUGGCAGGGAGAGAGAGCAGAGUCUUGGCAAUAAACGACCGACCCCACCGUCUUCAUCUCCCUCUGCUGUUGCUGCCCCCACUCCUCCUCCACCUGUUUCUUCGCCUUCCACCAUUUCACCCAGUCGAGUGAAUGGGAGUACUCCAGCUAAAUGGGGUCCUCCAAAGCUGGCCUGCAAGUCAGACAAGUCGGAGGCAAAGUCGGACGGGAAAUCCGCCAUCUCGACGGAGAGACCCCUGAAUCUUCACCGCCCUUCUGCAGAUGGCAAAACCUACCACGCCUCUGGAAAGAAAAUGCCCAUGCCCCAAACCAAGUGUCUGACCUCCUCGCCCUCCCCUCCUGCGCCCCCAUCACAGGAACCCAGCGUGGAAGGUGUUACCAAUCCUCCUGGGUACAUUUACAGCAGUGAGGGUCUGGAGGAGAAGGACCGGGGCGUUCCUAGUUGGGGUGCUCCUACUGUUACUGAGAAACUAGCGCAACUCAUCGCCACCUGCCCUCCUUCAAAGUCGACCAAGGUGAAACCCCCCAAAACAACUCCCUCUCCCACCACCCACACCACUUCUAACUUUAUGGCCCCCACCCCAAAGCAGCGAGACCGCGCUAUGGUCAACAGGGCCACCUAUUCUAGAGCGGUCCACCUAGCUCCACCCCCUCCUGUCUCGCGCCCUCCUGGCCGCCCCUAUGGCUCCAGGAACAAUAAAGACUGUGUUUCGGAGAAGUCACCCACCCCACCUGGGAAAGAGGAGGCAGAUGGAGCCGGCAAGUCUGGCAGCAGUAACAACAGCAACAGCAGUCGCAGCAGCAGCCCUGUGCUAACCUACGGCAAUAGCCGCCUGGCAACAACUUCAAAGGACAACAACGACAGCAACAGUAAUGGUGCGAAGCCGCCACAGUCCCGUCUCACUCACUGCCCACCACCCCACUCCACCUCCUCCUCUUCCUCCUCCUCACCCUCUUGUUUGUCAUCCUGCUCCUCAUCAGAGAAGAGGACAGGGAGCCUGUCAUGUCGCCAGGGCUCCCAAGCCUCUCAAGGACACCACUCUAGAGACCGAGGAAGUCCAUCCCAGGCAGAGGAGAGGGACAGCAGUGAGAGGGACAGCAGUGAGAGGGACAGCAGUGAGAGGGACAGCAGUGAGAGGGACAGCAGUGAGCGUGACCGGCACGGCCCCAGAGACUUAUCAAAAUGCCCCCCUCCUUCAGCAUCCGGCAAGCAGGAGUCCAAGACUAAAGGGGCUAAUCAGUCACUCAGAGGGGAGAGAGGCAAGAGCUUGAGCCCCAGUAAACGCAGUCCCAACCCCAGUAAACGCAGUCCCAACCCCAGUAAACGCAGUCCCAACCCCAGUAAACGCAGUCCCAACCCCAGUAAACGCAGUCCCAACUCCAGUAAACGCAGUACCAACCCCUGUAAACGCAGUCCCAACAGGGAAAGGGACGGUCGCACCAGCGGGAUCUUCAGUCCUCUGGAGACUGUGAGACGGACUGCCUCGCCGCCAGAGCCAGCCGGUGACUGUUCACCCCCUCCUCUCAGAGACGAGUCCCCUGGAGAAGAGUCACCGGGCUCGCCUCCAGGGCAGGACAACAAACCCCUGAAGAAGCGGCGAGGCAGAAAGCCCCGCUGGACCAGAAUAGUGAACCGGUCACAGAGGGCGGGCCAGGGCAGCCCAGUUGACCAGCGCGAAACCAUUGUGCCUUUAUCCUCAGGCCUUGAUACUCCCCCACCUAUACGCAGGCCUGUAGGACGGCCGCCUAACCCCAAUAAGGUCAAGCUUUCCGCCGUGUCUCAACUCUUUCCACAGCCAGCCAGGAAAAGGGGACGCCCCAAGUCUAAAAUGCCCAGGCUGGACGCCCCCACUCGGGGACGUCCCCCUCACAAACUGGUCCCAUCCAAGGUCUUUUCUUUACACAAGUCGAAAGAGGAGCAGGACCCCCCUGUUCUCCACCCGGAGGUGGAUCUAAAUCCUCCCAAACCUAUGCCGAGGAAGCGGGGGCGACCCAAACGCCUGCCCCCCACCUUGCCACAGGAGGGUCAGCCCCCCACUCUGGCACCGGAAGGGGGGGAUGGGAAACAGUUCCGGACCAAGGGCAACGGGCAGCUCAUCAUGAAAACCAUCAUAGGCAAGAUCAAUAAGAUGAAGAGUGUGAAACGCAAACGGUUCCUCAGCCAGAUCCUAUUGGGACCAGGGUCUAGACCAGAGCAGGAGCCCCCCAGAGGAACUGCCAGUGGGGUGGUGGGCCAGGUAGCAGCUGCAACCCAGUCUCUAUCCUCCUUGGCUGCUUCUUUCGGUGGCAAACUGGGACCCCAGAUCAACGUAAGCAAAAAGGGGACAAUAUACAUGGGGAAAAGGAGAGGGCGCAAACCUAAAGCAUCAACAAACCCCUCAUUGGCAGCUUCAACACCACCCCCGGAGGGGCCUUUCCUGUCCCCAAACACCACAUCGCCCAUCCACCACCAUCAGUCCCAGUCUCAGCAGCAGCAGCACCAUCUCCCCACUGCUGAGGUGUUCCCCUCCCCCUCGCUCUCCCUAUCCAGUGGAGGCCAGAGCCCCAUCAGUGAUGCCUGCUUUGUGGAGCCAGGGGCAGUGCACUUCCUGACACACCCACACUUCCACUCCCACCACGUCCACCACUCGUUCCCCUUCCCACCCCCGACGUUCUCAGCCCCCUCCCCUCGCACUCUGGGCUCCUCGGCUGCCGUGGCCUCCCAGAAGAAGUCGUGCCGUGGCUACCAUCACCACCACCACCAUUACAGGCAGCACUACCACUACCGUAAGCUAUCCCCUCCCAGGCCUCUCCACCCCACAUCCCCUGCACCUCUGAGUGAACUGAAGGAAGCCACCCCCUCGCCUGUCAGUGAGUCUCAUAGCGAGGAGACUGUACCCAGCGACAGCGGCAUAGGAACAGACAACAACAGCACUUCUGACCGGGGAGAGAAGGCCUGCGGCGUGGGGAUGCCACCUGGGAUGGCCAGUGGGCUGCUAAUGCCAGGGGUGAUGGGCUCAGCUGUGGGGGUAGGAGUUGGGCUGAACCCUCACGGUGGACUAAGACACUCGUCCUCAGUGCUACUGGAGCACCCCUCUCCGUCACCGCUGGGGGUGAGGUCCUCACCCGACCCCUGCAGGCCCCACCCGGCAGCCCCUCCCUCCGCACUAGUGGGCCACAAAGAGAAACACAAGCACAAAUGCAAGCGCCGGAGCCACGGCUGUCCGGGCUACGACAAGCUAAAGAGGCAGAAGCGCAAACGCAAGAAGAAGUACCUGCAGCUGCGCUCCCGGCGCCAGGACCCCGACUUCUUGGCCGAGCUGGAUGAGAUUGUGGUGAGGCUGAGUGAGAUACGGAUAGCGCACCGCACCCCCGCUCACAGACUGGGCAGUGGGCUGGGGAUGCCCCCGGGAGCUGCAGGGGCGAGCAGAGUACCAGGGUCGGGUGGCAGGGCCGCUGGGACCAUGGGAGGCGAUGGUGGCCCCCCUCCGCAUCAUUACCUGCACAGAGACCUGCUCCCCACAAUCUUCAGGAUCAACUUCAGCGGCUACUACUCCCCCCACCCCUCGUACCCCUGUGACUCUCUGCACUACGUCCGCAAGCCAGACCUGAAGAAGAAACGCGGGCGCCCUCCCAAGCUGCGGGAGUCAUUGUCAGACGUACCCUUUGUUCACGGGCUGGGGUUCCCGCUAUCUAGCGGUGGGUUCUACCACCCAUCCUACAGUGUUCCCUACUCCUCUGGUCCCCUUGGUCUGGGCUACUACAGAGGAUACCCCCCAGCCAGYGCCCUGUACCCCCAUCACCAGAACYCCCWYUCUGCYCCRUCCCACCACUCCCAUCAYUCCCCCUCCUUCCMCCCRCCACCUCCCCCKUCCUACGUGCACCACCACCACCCGUCACACCUCCUGCUCAACCCCUCCAAAUUUCACAAAAAGAAACACAAGCUGCUGAGGCAGGAGUUCCUGGGUGGGGGCCGGUCUCCCGUGCUCUACCCUACUAUGUCCUCAGAGCUGUCGUUUGGCUGGCAUCACAAACACAAACACAGACACAAACACAGAGAGCGCUGUGCCGAGGAGGAUGGGGAAGAGGGAGGAGGGGGGAGCCGAGGCGGAGUGGGAAUGACCGAGAGCCCGGGAUCGGGAAGAGGAGAACGCGGAGCCAGCGGCGCUGGAAUGGCCGAAUCUCUGCAGCGCUGCCGCUUUGGAAGAGACUCCACCCCUACUACCACCAGUGCCAACAACCAGGCCACGGCCAACUCCCCUUCCUCGUCCUCCUCUUCCUCAGCCGAGAGGUACAAGCGCAAGGAGACAUCCCUGUCCUGCCUGGGGCCCUCUCGCCUGACCCAGGGCAGUGCCGGGCCCCGGGGCCACCACCCUGUAGAGUCCUGGUUCAGGAUGGGAAGCUCUGAGGCAGACUAUGCUAAGCUCUCCCGGAUCCCUGCGGGGGCCGACCAGGGUCCGUUCACAGAAGGCCAGGGAGAAGACCCGGCGGGCUGCUCAGACAGUGAGGAGGAGGAAGAGGAGCCCCUCACGCCCACAGAUGAGAUGGACCCCAACUCCCAGGACCCCCCACACCACACCAACCUGUUCGCCACCGCCCUGACCAGCACAUCGCUGAGGGGAGUCGGAGUCAGGAAGGGAGUGGCAGCAGAGAGUGCGAACUUCUCCCGGAUGGAGCUGAUGCUGAAAAAGGACCACUCCACGUCAGCAGAGAGGAGAGAGUUGGGCAAUACAUCAGGUGUCCAGACCCGAGGCGACCACUCUGCCCCUGAGGACCACCUCAUGCAGCAGCAGCACCACAACCACCACCCUCUGUUCCACUCCCUUUCUUCCUCCUCCGCCUGCCCCUCCCACUGCGGCCACGACUCACCCUCCCAGGGCUGCUGCCUGGACAAUGAUGCCUCCCUGCAGCACCACUCCCACCGGGCCCAGCCCUCCAAACACAGCCUGCACCACGUCAACAAGAUCCUCCGCGCCAAGAAGCUCCAGAGACAGGCGAGGACAGGCAACAACGUGGUCAAGAAGAGGGGCCCCGGGCGCCCCAGGAAGCAUCCCCUGCCCUCCCCGCCCCCAUCGCCGCCCCCUCUGGCUGAAGUGACCCAGACCAGGCACCGGGACCGAGGAGGAGGGUCAGGGGGAGGAGCGUGUAAAGAGGACACGGUGACAGACGCGAUCGAGUCGGUGGUCCAGGGCCAGCGCAGGAAAGGCCAGAAGAGGAAGCACUGGGAGAGAGAUGGGGAUGAGGAUGAAGAGGAGGAAGGGGGGGGUGAGGAGGUAGGGGAGGGCGAGAAGGUGGAGGAACGAGCGCUGGACAGGGAGGUGAACCUGGGAGGCCUGGGGAUGAGGUCCAGAGCCGGGGGAGGAAGAGGCUGGCUCACCCAAGAGGAGCUGCAGCGCUUUCGCAGUGCUCUGGAGGGGAAACCAGAUGGCCCCUCCUCCCCGGAACCUCCGGGCACCGUCUCCAUGGAACAAGCUCCACCCAUGCCUAUAACCAGCCUACGGGAGAAGAGGGCAGCCAGGCCUCCAAAGAAAAAGUACCAAAAAGCGGGGCUCUACUCUGAUGUGUACAAGACUGCGGAUCCUCGCAGUCAGAUCCUGCAACUGAAGAAAGAGAAACUGGAGUACACACCUGGGGAACAUGAGUACGGGCUUUUUCCUGCCCCCAUCCAUGUCGGAAAGUACCUAAGACAGAAGCGCAUUGAUUUCCAGUUGCCUUACGACAUCUUGUGGCUGUGGAAACAUGACCAGCUCUACGAGAAGCCUGACGUCCCCCUUUAUAAAAAGAUCAGAUCAAACGUCUAUGUGGAUGUGAAGCCUGUUUCGGGUUAUGAAGCCACCACCUGUAACUGCAGGCCUUCCGGGGAAGCCGUAGACAGAGGCUGCCUAGACGAAUGCCUCAACAGGAUGAGCUUUGCCGAGUGCUCCCCCGGCACCUGUCCCUGCGGGGAGCAGUGUGACAACCAGCACAUCCAGAGGCAUGAGUGGGUGCAGUGCCUGGAGCGCUUCCGUGCCGAGGGCAAGGGUUGGGGCAUUCGCACCAAGGAGCCCCUCCGCUCAAGCCAGUUCAUCAUCGAGUACCUGGGAGAGGUCGUCAGCGAGCACGAGUUCAGAAGUCGCAUGAUGGAGCAGUACUUUGCCCACAGCGGCCAAUACUGUCUGAACCUGGACAGCGGCAUGGUGAUCGACAGCUACCGGAUGGGCAACGAGGCCCGCUUCAUCAACCACAGCUGUGAACCCAACUGUGAGAUGCAGAAGUGGUCGGUGAAUGGGGUGUACAGGAUCGGCCUCUUCGCCCUCAGGGAGAGCAGCGGCACGGAGCUCACCUACGACUACAACUUCCACUCCUUCAACACCGAAGAGCAGCAAGUGUGUAAGUGUGGCUCUGAGGGCUGCCGGGGUAUCAUUGGAGGGAAGAGUCAGCGAAUCAACGGGAUGCCUGGGAAGACGGGCGGGGCACGGCGGCUGGGUCGACUCAAGGAGAAACGCAAGUCCAAGCACCAGCUGAAAAAACGAGAGGAGGAAUCAAGUGACAGCAGCAAGUUUUAUCCCCACCUUCUCAUGAAACCCAUGUCCAAUAGAGAGAGAAACUUUGUGCUGAAACACCGGGUGUUCCUGCUCAGGAACUGGGAGAAGAUGAGGGAGAAGCAGGAGCUGUUAAAGAGGGAAGGCGAGAGGGAGGCCAGUGGCGGCCUGUCCAUCUACACACGCUGGGGAGGAGUCAUCCGCGAYGAUGGAAACAUCAAGUCAGACGUGUUCCUGACACAGUUCUCGGCGCUGCAGACGUCCCGGUCGGUGCGCACGCGGAGGCUGGCGGCAGCCGAGGAGAACACGGAGGUCACCCGCACCGCCCGCCUGGCACACAUCUUCAAAGAGAUCUGUGACAUGAUCACCAGCUACAAGGACUCAGCUGGUCAGACCCUUGCUGCUCCGCUGGUCAACCUACCUUCAAGAAAGCGGAACACGCAGUAUUAUGAGAAGGUGUCAGACCCGCUGGACCUGAGCACCAUUGAGAAGCAGAUCACCACAGGGCACUACAAGACUGUGGAGGCCUUUGACACCGACAUGCUCAAAGUGUUCCGCAAUGCAGAGAAAUACUACGGGCGGAAGUCRUCGGUUGGGAGGGAUGUGUGCCGGCUGAGGAAGGCCUACUAYGGAGCUCGCCACGAGGCUGCCGUUCAGAUCGACGAGAUCGUUGGGGAGACAGCCAGCGAAGCGGACAGCUCGGAUUCGCUGGAGCGAGACCACGCCCAUCACCACCACGGAGGGGGCUGGCCGGGCACCCACGAUAAAGACGAUGACAUAAUCCGCUGCAUCUGCGGCAUGUACAAAGAUGAGGGCCUGAUGAUCCAGUGUGAGAAGUGCAUGGUGUGGCAGCACUUUGACUGCAUGCGGCUUGAGGCGGAGGUGGAACACUACCUGUGUGAUCAGUGCGACCCCCGACCUGUGGACAGGGAGGUGCCAAUGCUGCCCCAGCCCAGCUACGCCCAGUCUGGCUCUAUCUACCACAUCUGUUUACUGCGAGACGAAUUGCUGCUGCACCAAGGUGAUUGUGUGUACCUGAUGAGGGACAGCAGACGCACCCCAGAGGGCCAGCCAGUCAGGCAGUCCUACCGCCUCCUGUCCCAUGUCAACAGGGACAAGCUGGACAUCUUCCGCAUUGAGAAACUCUGGAAGAGCGAAAAGGGUGAGAGGUUUGCCUUUGGCCACCAUUACUUCAGGCCCCACGAGACACACCACUCGCCCUCGCGCCGCUUCUACCACAACGAGUUGUUCCGCGUGCCGCUCUACGAGAUCAUCCCACUGGAGGCCGUGGUUGGGACCUGCUGUGUCCUCGACCUCUACACUUACUGCAAGGGACGGCCGAAGGGAGUGAAGGAGCAGGACGUGUACAUCUGCGACUACCGCCUGGACAAGUCAGCGCACCUCUUCUACAAGAUCCACCGCAACCGCUUCCCCGUGUGCACUAAGCCCUACGCCUUCAACCACUUCCCAAAGAGGCUGGCCCCCAAGAGAGACUUCUCGCCACACUACGUUCCCGACAACUACAAGAGGAACGGGGGGCGUUCGGCCUGGAAGAGCGAGCGGCCCAAAGGAGCCUGUGAGGACGAUGCUUCCCCGUGUGACCAGGUUGACAACUUCUGUCCGGAGAGUGAAAACGGAAGAGGGGUGGAGGGGGACAUGGAUGCUGCCCAAGAAGAAACCACACUCCCUGCGGCUGCCCAACCCCCGCAACCAGUUGGGCCAGGGGAGGGAGAAGAAGAGGAAGGGGGGCAGGAGGUAGAGGAGCAUAGGGAGCUGGAGGAAGGUGCAGCAGAGAUAGGAGUUGACAUGCUGGAACUCCUCCCCUCCAUGUCUUCCUCACCCCUCCAUCACUCUGGACUUGGCAGGAGGGAGGCGCAAAGGGAUCGGCUAAACAAGAUUCUGCUGGAUCUGCUACACAGAACACCCAAUAAGAAUGCCAUAGAUGUCACUUAUCUUCUAGAGGAGGGGUCAGGGCGGCGAUUACGUAGAAGAACGCUUGGAUUCGGAGACUUUGUGGGUAGAAAAUGAUGUUGCCACUUACCUGGCAAGCACAAUCCCCUUUCAUUCACUUGGGAGGGUGAAAUGGAAAACAUGGUAAGGGAAGAUGACAUUUGCAAAGAGAAAGUGACCACAAAGGGCAAGGGUUGGUACCCUUCCCGGGCGUGUCCCCUCUUCCCCAACCUGUCAUCAAGUGAUGAGACAACCCAACGGUUUGAAGCAGUGCACUCGGCAGUCGUGGCCAUUGGUAGCGGUUUUGUUGGGGACGCAAGGACUUCUCAGGAGGGUGGACCCAGACUUAUUGAAGUACGAUGCAAAUGCAUUUUUUUUUUUACAUAGGAAAAAGUACCCCAUGCACUUAAAAAAGUGCAUUGAACAAAUAUUAAUCAAAGACAGCCCUGGUUACUCAGGGCGAAGAGAUUAUUAUAUAGGCUUCACAUUAUCCAUACACAUGGCUCAUCAGUGCAACCUUGAGUCAAUUAUUUUUUGUGAGCAAAAGAAAGGAACAUGUGGUACUGAACAUGGCUGUGGCAUAGUCAUAGACUCAAAUAUACUUUUUUUUUUUUUUACGACAUCAAAUGGGAAUGAGGAGGCUGGAGACCUGCGCCACCAGUGGGACUAAGUGGUAAUGAAACUAAACCUAAAUGUACCAGGAUAAGAGGCAUAGGAGUGACAUAGGAGGCUAUGCAGUGGACUGUAUGAGCAACUUGUAAACACACACUGCUGCUGAUGAACUAGGAGAAGCUGCAGGAACGAGGUUGGUCAACUGCACUUUGGUACCAUGGAUAUUGUUGGCUCUCUAAUGUAUCAACGAGACACACUAACACUCACAUGUUAUUGGGUGAUGCAGUCUGAAAAGCAAGUUAAUAAUAAGUAUUUCUUUUUCUUUCAUACUGUAGUAAUUCAUUAGGAACAGAGAAGGAAGGACGGGAUUGUGUUUGUAAAGAAUAGCUGGUGGUCUUUGGAGAGAUAGAAUGUGCGCUUUUGGUCAGUCAAGUGUCUUGUUCAGUUUGUGAGGCAGUCCGCUUCGCCCCUCUUUCUGAAGUACCUGAUUCACCAGCUUAAUGAAGUCAGGCGGCGGGAACACUGACUCUUACUGUAACGCCUUAGAACGCCGUGGUCCCUGACUGCCUUGCGUGAGUGUAUGCACAUUUGUGUGUCUAAUCUGCCAGAAUUCUUGAAGAAAAAAAAUUAUGAAAAAAUUAAGGGCUUGAUGGCAAUUAACAUUUUAUGGGAAAUUAUGGAAACCAUAGGUAACGUAAAAUGUAUUGUGACGGUCAUAUUUUCUUAUAUUCUGUGAAAAGGGGUAUCUGUUGGGAAGGGAUUCUAGCUGUAAAUGUUUUCUUCAAAUGUGUUUCUGGUUGCCAUGGAGAAUAUUUUAAAUCAUUUGUGAGAUUUGAUGAGAUUUAUUUUUUCCAAAUGCUUCUGUUUAAAAUGAGACUUAGAUCGAGAUGUCCCAUCAAGAUGGACUGGCAUAGAGAUGGAGAGAGUAAGAAAACAGACGGAGAGAGGACAGAAAGUUGUACAGUGCCAAGUUAUGUAUAUACAGACUGGGAUAAUGUGAGAAGUGUCUCCAAAAGCAAUAUCUUGAUAAUGGAUUUCGUGUAUUGUACAGGACUCAGCCCCAUAUGUAUUAUAAUUAUUAUUUCUGCCAUUUGUAUUACUAUAAUCAAGACACUUAAGCUUGGGAGAGAAGGUGUUUUUGUCCAKUAAAACGUACAACUGUCCUAAUUGAAUGACAUGAACUUAAACAGAGUUUUUGUUGCCUAAAAGUUAUACUGAACAAAAAUAUAAA